AUGGAUGAAUUUCGUUCUUCAUCUGGGUCUCCAAAGGUAGGAGAAAAUAUACAAACAUCUCCCAAAUAUCCUUUCGCAGCUGAAUCAAAAGAUCAUCCCUCACGGACAAAGCGUAGUUUGUGCCGAAAUAUUUUACUUUAUGGGAAUUGUAAAUACUCUGAAAGUGGCUGUAUGUUCCGUCACGACAAUCCGUUAUUGCCCCAAAGCAGUACACCAGAGCAGUCUUUUUCUAGAAAAAAACUGAACGCUGCUUCUGCAUCGUUUCAACCUAAGUCAUCGCUUUCUUCGAAAGCUGCUAAUGCUGCUGUUUUCGUCCCUAAAACUCAAGAACCUCCCAUGUUUCUUUCUCGUGACCGAACCCCAUUGGCUAUUUCUUCUACUAAAAAUACUAUAAAUCCGUAUGCAAACCCAGGAAUACUUGGGGCAGAUGGGAUGUAUUCAAAUGAUGCUUAUUAUUCACAACAGAAUCAACUUAAACUAACACGUUUUCAUCUUUACAAUCCUCAACCGUCUACCUUACCUACUCUUCGUCCUUACGACAGAAAUGUAAAUGAUUUAUUUAUAGAAGACAAUAUCAGAGAAGAACUUGAACGGAAUACUGAAGCUUCUCGUCAAACAUUGCAUGCAUUGCCCUCUAUUGUUUCUAACUACACGUCUCUGUCACCUUUAAACAAAAAGCUAUAUCGCUAUAAAGAAGACUUGGGCUUUAAUGUUUGGACAUAUCAAGCUACUUGUACAACUGAUAAAAACACUUACGUCUUAAGAAGAUUACAAGAUUGUCCCAAUCUUGUGGAUUUAAAUGCAGUUGAAACUUUGAAGCGCAUAUUUCAUCCAAAUAUUGUUACCUUUUACAAUGGUUUUAAUUCCGAUACUUUUAAUGACCAGUCUUUAAUACUUGUGUAUGAUUAUCAUCCACGAUGCUCUACUUUAAAAGAAAUGUACUUUGACGGGACCUCUGCAGUUGAUAAAUCUCAGACUGAGCGUCCAAUGCCAGAUGAAAAAGAGCAGUGGAAUUACAUGUUUCAAAUGGCUAUCGCUAUUUCUCAUUUACACAAAAACGGGUUGGCAUGUAACCACUUGACACCUUCAAGAAUACUCAUAAACCGCGAUAAGAGAAUCCGGAUCAAUAGUUGUGCUGAUUACGAAUUGGCGGUACCGAUCAAACCUCCCCUUGAAAGCCGGCAACAACAAGACCUAAAAGAUUUCGGGUGUAUUAUAGCCAACUUGGCUACUGGAAGUUUAGACGAUGACAUGGCCAAAGCUGCUCGGCAUAUCAAUCAUUCCUAUUCGCGCGAUUUUUACAAAGCAGUCUUAUCUUUUAUCUCUGACGAACCUGUGAAGAAAAACAUCGACAGUUUUUUUAAAGAUUAUGCGGUUUAUUUUCUUUCUGUAAUGGAUGCUUCCUUUAAAGAAAAUGCUGCAAUGGAAAAGCGACUUUCACAGACUAUACAGCAUAAGCGUUUCUUUCAAAUACUGUAUAAACUUAUGUAUAUCACCGAUUGCAAUGACAGACCAGCGGUAUUACCAGGUUUUCGAGAUCGAAAAAUUUACUUGUUACAUUUAUUGCGCGACUAUUUAUUUCAUCAGGUUGAUGAAGGGCAAUGUCCUCUUAUUGAUUUAUGUCAGGUUUUGACUACUCUGGGAAAGUUGGAUGCUGGAAUCGGCCAGUCAGUAGCUUUAAUUUCGAGAGACGAAUUAGACUGUGCGUCUGUUACUUACUCAGAGCUGAAAGCUUGGAUAGAUGAUGUUUUUGAGUUAGAAAUUAAUCUCUGA